CAAAGAAAACUAACUGAAACCAAACCUAUCAUCUUCCUAUAUUUUACCGUAUUCUCCCUUUUUUACACAAUAUGGAACCCCAAACUGAUUUCGACUGCCAUGAGAAGCCGGUUGCGACCAUGGAUUUCCUUUCUAAGGUCGAUAGUUCACGCCCCUUUCGCUCGGUAAAAGAGGCGGUCGCCAUUUUUGGCGAGAAAUUCCUGGCUGGAGAAAUCUAUUCACCAAAGCCUUUCACGUUUCCGAGGCAAGAAACCCCAUAUUUUUCACCAACCCCACAAAAUCUCCAAGAACCUUCAUGGAAAUCCUCGCCCAGUCCGCAAGAUUCCAUUUACAGCAAUGAAAACUCGCUUGUCGAUACUGUAAAAAAGCUCGAAUCCGAGCUUGAAGAAACGAAAACAGAACUGAAUUUACUCAAAGAAAGAGAGUCCGAAACUGAGGUGGCACUGGCUUCAUUGAAUGCUGAGUUGCACAAGAACAUGUCAAAACUAGCAAAGGCCGAGGCGGAUAUGGCUGCCAAGGCGGCAACAGCAGCGGUGGCUUCAUCAAGAUCAGCAGAAACUUCACAAAGCUUAGCUCAAAUUCUGAGUAUUGCUGAGGAAAAGGAAAAAUUGUUUACAGGGAGGAAGAGGGAAGGAAAAGUUAUGAAAAAGAAAGUGAAACCAAUAAUUCCUCUUGUGGGAGAUUUGUUUUCCAGGAAAAAGGGUUCAUCUACAAGUAUGAAUAAUCCUCUUUUUGCAUCCUCUCAUGUGCAAUUCUAGAAUUGAGAAGAAAAAAAAAUGGAAGUUCAAUUUCAUCACACAGUAAAUUAAUUAUGGUGUGUCUCAGGGGUGAUGAAAUGCAAUUAUUUCUAUUUUUAUAUGUAUUUUUUGAAUUUGAGAAAAAGGAAAAACAAUGUGGGGGAAUUAUUAGUUGGUAAUGAAGGCCCCAGCCCUAUCAUUUGAUGUGGUUUAAAUUCUGUAAAUGUGUGUUUUUAUAGUCGUUUGCUUGUAAUUUUUCAAUUAAGAAUAUAUCUUUUGACCA